AUGUGGCUCCUCACAGUGACCCAGGUCUUAAGGAAAAUGCAGAGGCGCCACAGCAGUAACACGGAUAACGGUCCACCUGAAAGAAAUCGCAGCCAAGCGCUCAGCUCUGAGGCGAGCGUGGAUGAAGGCGGUGUCUUUGAGAGUCUGAAGGCAGAGUCGGCCUCCCCACCUGCGCUCUUCUCUGGUCUCCCCAGCCUCCCAGCGGGCAGCCUGCCCGCCACCCCGUUUCCGUCCAGCCUGGUGCUGGGGGCAUCGGCCGGAGGCGGGGACGUGUUCAUCCAGAUGCCUGCGUCCAGGGAGGAGGGCGGGGGCCGGGGCGAGGGGGGCGCCUACCACCACCGCCAGCCCCACCACCACUUCCACCACAGCGGCCACCGCGGGAGCUCACUGCUGCAGCACGUGGGCGGGGACCACCGCGCCCACUCGGACGAGGGGGGCGACGAGCAGCCGGGGACGCCCGCCCCUGCCCUGUCCGAGCUGAAGGCCGUGGUCUGCUGGCUCCAGAAAGGCCUGCCCUUCAUCCUGAUCCUCCUGGCCAAAGUGUGCUUCCAGCACAAGCUCGGCAUUGCCGUGUGCAUCGGGAUGGCUAGCACCUUUGCCUACGCCAACUCCACGCUGCGAGAACAGGUCUCUCUGAAGGAGAAGAGGUCGGUGCUGGUCAUUUUGUGGAUCUUGGCCUUUCUGGCGGGGAACACCCUAUAUGUGCUCUAUACGUUCAGUUCCCAACAGCUGUACAACAGCCUCAUAUUCCUGAAGCCCAACCUGGAGACGCUGGACUUUUUCGACCUGCUGUGGAUUGUGGGCAUCGCUGAUUUUGUGCUGAAGUAUGUCACCAUUGCCCUCAAGUGCCUCGUCGUGGCCCUGCCCAAGAUCAUCCUGGCUGUCAAGUCCAAGGGAAAGUUCUAUCUGGUCAUCGAGGAGUUGAGCCAGCUGUUCCGAUCGCUUGUCCCGAUCCAGCUGUGGUAUAAAUACAUCAUGGGAGACGACUCCUCCAACAGCUACUUCCUAGGAGGGGUCCUGAUUGUUCUCUACAGCCUCUGCAAGUCAUUUGACAUCUGUGGUCGUGUGGGCGGAGUUAGGAAAGCCCUGAAGCUUCUCUGCACCUCUCAGAAUUAUGGCGUCCGGGCCACUGGGCAACAAUGCACGGAAGCUGGUGAUAUCUGUGCCAUCUGCCAGGCUGAGUUCCGGGAGCCUCUGAUCCUCAUGUGCCAGCACGUGUUCUGUGAAGAGUGCCUCUGCCUCUGGCUGGACCGGGAGCGCACCUGCCCGCUCUGCCGCUCGGUUGCCGUGGAUACCCUGCGCUGCUGGAAGGAUGGGGCCACUUCGGCACACUUCCAGGUGUAUUAG